AUGGCCGCGCUGCGCUUCGGGGAGCCCCUGGCGGAGCCGCCCGCCUUUCCCGCGGGCAGGUGGGCGGGAGGCAGCGGGCCCGGCCCGGCCUCGCCCGCCCUCAGGGCGCUUCCCCCGGCGGAGCGGGACCGGCUGCCGGCGGGCCGGGUCGGGGGGGCGCCGGGGGAGCCGUCGGAGGGGGCGCCGGCGGCCUCGCAGCGUCGGAAGCGGACCAGCUUCACGGCGGCGCAGCUGGAGACGCUAGAGCUGGUCUUCCAGGACACCAUGUACCCCGACAUCUACCUGCGGGAGAAGCUGGCCGACGCCACGCAGAUCCCCGAGUCCCGCAUCCAGGUCUGGUUCCAGAACCGGCGCGCCAAGUCCCGCCGCCAGCGGGGACCGCCCCGCCCCGGCCCCGCCGAGCCGCCCACGCCGCCGGGCUACCCGCAGGCGCCCCGCUUCGCCACCCUGCGCGCCCCGGAGCGGCCCCGCUACGCCCUCUCCGGCGCGGCCCAGAUUGUGCAGAUCAAGGAGGAGGGCUCGGCUCCCUACGAGUGGCCGCAGGCCGCCGCCUUCCCCCCCGGCCCCGGCUUUGAGGGCUUCCCGCCCAGCCAGCCCGGCGGGGCCGAGGCCGCUUCCUUCGCGGGGCCACCUCCGGCCGUGCCCUACCCGCCGGCCCGGGCCUUCUGCGGGCAGUACUCGCCCGUGUCGGACGCCGAGGAUACCAGCGGCUACUCGGAAUCGGGCUCGGAGUGGGAGGAAAACGCCCUGGGCGCCUUCCGAGCCCUUUGAGGACUGCGGGGAGCAGUCACCUACCGCGCUACCUCACCCCUGCUCUGCGACUGUUGCACUUUAUCCGGUAGGAUAUUUGGUGAAGCCUAUAUAAAGGAAGAGGAUUUUCCAGAACUACUUGCUGUACACUUGAAAGGAAAUUUUCAGUCUCUGUUGGUGUUAUUAGCUGCAAAAGCAUGUAAGUUCCCCAUCUGGC